AUGAUGUUCGACCUCUUCGUUUCCUUUCUUAUCCUAAAGAUCUCGCUCACGUUAUAUCUUCACACAGUUCAAGGAAACGGUAAGUUAAGGAAUUCCAUUGUUGAUACCUAAAAAGCUUUAAGGUUUUCCUAACUACACGAAGUGAGGCCUUUUUUAUUUAUCCAUAAGCAUCAUUCUACAUAGAAAGGGAGAAUUUGACUUAGUAAAAGCAAACUGUGCUCUGUCUUCUGGUCGAAUUAAAAAUUAGAGUGUGCUAGUUUCUGCGCUUUACCCUCGAGGAUUUCGUCUUGUACAGAUGUUUUCUUCUUUAGCAGUUUUUUUUCUUCGUUGGAAAAUAAAUUUACUUAAAAAUUAUUGCGAUAAUUUGUUUCGUUCAGUUUUGAUUAACUUUCAUUUUUACUUUUGCCAUGAAAUCUCAUUUUGGUUUGCUUUUUUCUUUGAUUUGUGAGAGUUAUAAAAUGUUCCAAGCUGAAUAUCAUAUAAAACUGUUUAAUUAAAGAAAACCUUAAAAAAAACAACAAUGUAAUUUUGAUAUUGAAGUUUGAAAGGCUCACAGUGAGACAAGUGAAAACAGUUUCCGACUAAUGUGAACUUCUCCGUUUAAUUGCUUUUUUUCAAUUAAUUAUUUAUGAAAUGAUGUCGCCAGCUCUAUAGAAAUGGGAAAAGUAACUAUAUAUGCAGCUCAAGAAGAAAUAUUUUAGUUCAAAUUAGAAAAAAACAAUGGAGAUAUUCUUCAGUGUUUACUAAAAAGCUUCCGACCCUAAACCGCAGCCCGGAAGCAGAGGCAAGACCAUGGAAAUAUAGAAAGAUGUCAUUUGCUUGAGUGUGUAAAAAAUGAGAAAAGGGGAAAGCUACCGAAUUCCAUAAAGAUCCGAACUCGGUCGCACCUGUCCAGAUUUCGCUUUAGAGUCCAUGUUUUAAACUUGUUGGCGAGUUAGCCCUUUCAGGCUCACGUUUGUCAAGUGCUGUGCUCACUUUACUACGUUCAGUGAUGUUGAAAGAGGCUUGCGCUCAAACAAACAGAGAAAGAGGGUAAAUUGUAAUUUCAGAUCUAUCGACGAAUAGCCAAUUAAAUUGUCACUAUACAAAGUAUACUUCCUACACCGUUGAGCAUGAAAUUUCUCAGAUUUAAUUUUUUUGUAUGUGUGUGUAUCAUGUGGAUAGUCCUCGAUCGUCGGUGGCCCUUCUUCUUACGUCGCCAGUCUACUCGUGACGCAACGGUGUCUUUCCUAUUCAUUUGCAGAUGUCUGCAGACAAGCUCGGUACCAACUUCCCCUCAUCAAUAAAUCCCUUAUUGGUCACGUGAUCAUCAGCGUGCUUGUAAACGACAAUGACGAGUGCCAGCUUCGAUGUUACAUAGAACCUAAGUGCCUCUCUUAUAAUGUGGGACCUCACAUGGCUUAUGGACACGAAUGUGAGCUCAGUGAUUCAGAUCACGUCCAACACCCUCGGGAUUUGGUCCUCAUGCCAGGUUACACGUACAUAGGGACUAAGGUACAGAGGUCGCUGUAGACUCUCUAUUUUUAACCUCUUUGAUAUCUGUCACGUCACCAGGUGUUUCGCCUUUCCGCUGACCCAUCCUCUGUGGCUGAGAGAGAACCAUUAUCAAUUUAGGACGUCUCUUUCACUUCUCAUCAUUAGUUAGAGACUAAUACCCUACUCACACCAAAGCUUGAACAUGUUUUAAAGUUGUUUUGUUAAACAGGCUUUAAUUUUUUUUCCUAGUGGAAACAACUUAACCUAAUCUUUUUCUACUUAAAAUAUAGCACAUUGGAAAUGCAAGUUAGCAAGUACUUGAAUCCUAUAGAAAAAUAAGUUUUUCCAGUUCUCUCUUUAUGAUUUUCAUUCAGUAAAAAUCAGUUUAACCAAACAUGUUUUGCUGGCGUGAAUAGGGUAUAAGCUUACUACCAACUAAACUUACUACUUUCUAUUUUGUUUUGAAAUCGUAUCGAUUUUAGUCACUACACUAUGAUCUGUAAAAUUUUACGCUAGAACCAUAAAACUGUCAGCUUCGAUCGCCUUGGGAUAUUUGGCGCGAAAGAGAGGGAGAGAGAGAGAGAAGGAGAGAGAGAGAGAAGGAGAGAGAGAGAGAAGGAGAGAGAGAGAGAAAGAGAGAGAGAGAGGGAGAGAGAGAGAGAGAGAAGGAGAGAGAGAGAGAGGGAGAGAGAGAGAGAAGGAGAGAGAUGGCACAGAAUAAAUAUAUUGUCAUUGGGUGAAACUCUUUCCAGUCAUAUGAACAACUCUUAAUGAUUGCACCCUCUAUAUACAUUUUUUGUUUACUUUAUAACCACGAGAGUUGGUACAGCAUUAACUGUCCCAAAUAACCGUUUGGCUUGGAAAAAACGGGGAAGCCAUACUAAAAGGGAAUCUCCAAAGGUAGAAUAAUAUGAAAAUGGCUUGUAUUAUGAAGAUCGUUUGAAAAAUUGCUGUUUUGUACUUCGCUGCCAAACCUUACGUGUCAAGAAAUAGAAGAAGAAUCGCUCACUGUCCUAAAAAAGUGAAAAAUAUUUAUGUUCACAUGAAUAGGACCUUCUUUCAUUCAUAAUCCAACAUAUAUUGAGCUUUAAAGCAGGUAGUUCUGUAAACUCUUAAUACAAUUUGAGGACCUACAAGCACUUCUCCAGAGAUUAUGAGUGGCAGAGCAGCGCAUCGAGGCGAGAACACGCCCAUCAAGGCUUCGUUACCCGCCCAAGUUAUAAAAUGGCUUGUGCGUAGUUUAAAUGAAUAUGUUACAUAUAAAAAAUAUGAUAUUCUUUACAGAAUGGUUGCUCGUCAAGUCCAUGUCUAAACAACGCCACCUGCCUUUCGUUGACACCAACAACUUUCCAGUGCGAAUGUAGCGAGGGAUUUACCGGGUUAAACUGCGAAACGGGUAAGUAGGCCUGGGUGUAGUUUAAGGGCGUCUUGGGAAUGAAAAUGAAAAGAGAUUACAUUAAUAUCGCUGCUUACUUUGAUACUAUGUCUUUAGGAAAGAGUUGCCGGGAUAUUAAAACUGCAUCACCGCAUGCUCCAAAUGGUAUGUACCGCAUACAUCCUGAUGGCGGGCACAGCUCUAUCUGGGUCUAUUGUGAUAUGACGUCAUUUGGGGGCGGAUGGACGAUGUGUUACUCAACCAAUAACAGCGUUAAUCCUAAAAAGGAAGUGACAUACAACGAACUUCGGCUAUAUGGAACAAAUGGCUACAGAACUAACUGUAAUCAUAUUCAGGUGAGAUAAAGUCUUUGAUAAAGUUAGUCGUCAAUAAAAAAAAUGAAAGAAAAACUCAAACCUAAUAUCUUGAAUUAGACAAAACUGAUUGACAUAAAUUUUAUUCUUCGAACAAUAAGGGCCCGGUCACCGGUUAUUAUUCAUCAUCCGGCGAGGAUUAUGGUUGUGUACCCAAUAAAAUGUACCAUAAAAUAUUUUCUUUUGUUAGUUUCCGUUUACUGCUUACAUUUAAUGUUAAGUUGGGCAUGCUACAUUAUUAACAAGACUGUUGACCCUCAAAUAACUCAUGAAACUUAAUUUCAAGUUCACUUAUCUAUCGUCGGGUUUCCCAGCAUGAAUUGCAUGUCAUUUAACAAUUUAUUAAGAAAACACACGAAACAUUUUUCCUAAAUAUUAUUUUGCAGUUUCGUGAAAUUUUUUUUUGUUGA